GCUUCUCCACCUCUAUCUACUCUAGUGUCGUGUGUGCUUAAUUUUUAUUUGUUGUGAAAAGUUUUUUAGUGGUUUUAUUGUGCAUAAAACAUUAAAAAUUUGCAUUUAAUUGGAAGCAUGGCAUCCGAAGAAGAGAAUGACGAUAACUUUCAAGAAGAGGAAGAAGCUGUCGAGGAGAAUGCGCAGGCUGCGGAACUUUCUAAUGACUCCGAUGCCCCAUUAAAGCCCAAUAAUGACGAGGAUGAUGAUUAUGAUCCAGAGGAUAAUCGUGGGGGCAAGAAGAAGAAGGGAAAGAAGCGCAAGACAAAGAAGGGUGAGGAGAAGGGACGCAAGAAGAAGAAGCGAAAGAAGAAUGAGAGCGAAGAGGAUAGCGACUUUGUGCAGCACGACGAGGAGGUCGAAUAUCCAAGUACUUCCUCGAAGCGUGGACGUAAGCGCAAGGAGGAGAAGAAGGAAAAGGAGAAGGAGUCUUCCUCAGGCAUGCCUUCUGUGGAAGAUGUGUGCUCGGCGUUCAGCGUGUGCGAUGUUGAAAUCGAGUACAGCGAGGAGGAUCUGCAAAAUCUGACCACAUACAAGGCAUUCAUGGUGCAUGUGCGUCCCAUACUGCAAAAGGAGAAUCCCAAGAUCGCGGCACCCAAGCUGAUGAUGCUUGUCGCGGCCAAGUGGCGUGAGUUCUGCGAGAGUAAUCCGCACAUCCAGCAGGAACAACAGCAGCAGACUGCAGGUCAGGCACAGUCUACAGCUGGUGCAUCGGAGGCGGCAGAUGAGCCGCGCUCAUCGCGCUCGUCGCGCAACGAAAAGCCUGAUGACAUCUACGAGGAGGAAGAGGACGAAGAAGAGGAGGAGGAAGAAAAGAAGCCGCGACGAAAGCGCAGUGGACGUAGCAGUAAUAAGAAGGGACGUCGUCCAUCGGGCAAGGUGCCCACACUGAAGAUCAAGUUUGGCAAACGCAAACGCGACAGCUCUGAUGAAGAGCAAGACGCUAGCGGUGCAUCCGAGCGUGAUUCGGAUCUAGAGUUUGAACGAAUGCUGCAAAAGUCCGAUGACAGUGCAGAUGAGAAGGAAAAGGAGAAAGAAAAGCAGCCCGCAGAGACAUCGUCGGCUGCAGCUAGCGGCGCUCAAGAUGACGGCACGCCUGUGGUGCGCAAGAAGGCCAAGACCAAGAUUGGCAACAAGUUCAAGAAGAAGAACAAGCUAAAGAAGACCAAGAACUUCCCGGAGGGUGACGAUGGCGAGCACGAGCAUCAGGACUAUUGCGAGGUGUGCCAACAAGGCGGUGAAAUCAUUCUCUGUGACACCUGUCCGCGUGCUUAUCACUUGGUCUGUCUAGAGCCGGAACUCGAUGAGCCACCAGAGGGCAAAUGGUCCUGCCCGCAUUGCGAAGCCGAUGGCGGCGCCGCCGAGGAGGAGGACGACGACGAGCAUCAGGAGUUUUGUCGUGUGUGCAAGGAUGGCGGCGAGUUGCUCUGCUGCGACUCCUGUCCCUCGGCCUAUCACACUUUCUGCUUGAAUCCACCGCUGGACAACAUACCCGACGGCGACUGGCGUUGUCCGCGCUGCAGUUGCCCACCGCUGCCCGGCAAGGCCGAGAAGAUCAUCACCUGGCGUUGGGCGGUGCAGCGUCGCGGCAGCAGCGAGGCAUCCACUUCGAAGAGCGCCAAGCUGGGCAAUCGUGUUCGCGAAUACUUUAUCAAGUGGCACAACAUGUCCUACUGGCACUGCGAAUGGGUAUCCGAGGUGCAAUUGGAUGUGCAUCAUCCCCUGAUGAUACGCUCCUUCCAGCGCAAAUACGACAUGGAGGAGCCACCCAAGUUUGAGGAAUCCCUGGACGAGGCAGACACACGUUUCAAGCGUAUACAGCGGCACAAGGACAAGGUGGGCAUGAAGGGCAAUGACGAUGACGACGAAGCCGCCCUCGAGGAGCGCUUCUACAAGAAUGGCGUCAAGCCGGAGUGGUUGAUUGUGCAGCGUGUCAUUAACCAUCGCACAGCACGCGAUGGCAGCACCAUGUAUCUGGUGAAGUGGCGCGAGCUACCCUAUGACAAGUCCACUUGGGAGGAAGAGGGAGACGAUAUGCCCGGUCUGCGACAGGCCAUUGAUUACUAUCAGGAUUUGCGUGCUGUGUGCACCUCGGAGCAGACGCGUGCUUCGAGUAGCAAGAAGAGCAAAAAGGGGCGCAAAACCAAGAAAUUGGAGCUGGACGAUGAGGAUCGUCCCGUCAAGCAUUACACACCGCCGCCCGAGAAACCCACAACCGAUCUGAAGAAGAAGUAUGAAGGACAGCCAGCUUUUCUGGAGGAUACAGGCAUGCAGCUGCAUCCCUAUCAGAUUGAGGGCAUCAAUUGGUUGCGUUACAGCUGGGGACAAGGAAUCGACACUAUACUGGCCGAUGAAAUGGGUCUGGGCAAGACCAUUCAGACGGUCACCUUCCUGUACUCACUCUACAAAGAGGGACAUUGUCGUGGUCCCUUCCUGGUCGCUGUGCCGCUCUCCACAUUGGUCAAUUGGGAGCGUGAGUUCGAAUUGUGGGCACCUGACUUCUAUUGCAUCACUUACAUUGGCGACAAGGAUUCGCGUGCCGUGAUCCGUGAGAAUGAGUUGACCUUCGAUGAGGGCGCUAUACGUGGCACCAAAGUCUCCCGAUUGCGAACAACACAGUACAAGUUUAAUGUACUGUUGACCAGCUACGAAUUGAUUUCGAUGGAUGCCCCAUGCUUGGGCAGCAUCGAUUGGGCCGUACUCGUGGUGGAUGAGGCGCAUCGUUUGAAGAGCAAUCAGAGCAAGUUCUUCCGCAUACUCAACAGCUAUGCGAUUGCCUACAAGUUGCUGCUCACCGGUACUCCGCUGCAAAACAAUUUGGAGGAGUUGUUCCAUUUGUUGAACUUCUUGAGUCGCGACAAGUUUAACGAUUUGCAAGCUUUCCAAGGCGAAUUCGCCGAUGUCUCCAAGGAGGAGCAAGUGAAGCGUUUGCACGAGAUGUUGGGUCCACACAUGCUGCGGCGUCUCAAGACGGAUGUGCUGAAGAACAUGCCUUCCAAGUCUGAGUUUAUUGUGCGUGUCGAACUUUCGGCCAUGCAAAAGAAGUUCUACAAAUUCAUUCUAACUAAGAACUACGAGGCACUCAAUUCCAAGAGCGGUGGCGGUUCCUGCUCACUCAUCAACAUUAUGAUGGAUCUGAAGAAGUGCUGUAAUCAUCCGUAUCUAUUUCCCUCGGCAGCCGAGGAGGCGCCCACCUCAGCUGGUGGCAUCUAUGAGAUCAAUUCACUGACCAAGGCGGCAGGCAAACUUGUCCUGCUCUCGAAGAUGCUGAAACAACUGAAAUCACAGAAUCAUCGUGUGUUGAUCUUCUCUCAGAUGACCAAAAUGUUGGACAUACUCGAGGACUUCCUCGAGGGCGAGCAGUAUAAAUACGAGCGCAUUGAUGGCAGCAUCACGGGAACCGUGCGUCAGGAGGCAAUCGAUCGCUUCAAUGCACCCGGUGCACAACAAUUUGUCUUUUUGUUGAGUACCCGCGCCGGCGGUUUGGGCAUCAAUUUGGCCACAGCCGAUACGGUUAUCAUUUACGACUCGGAUUGGAAUCCGCACAACGAUAUUCAGGCGUUCUCACGUGCCCAUCGUAUUGGCCAGGCCAACAAGGUUAUGAUUUAUCGCUUUGUUACGCGCAAUUCGGUCGAAGAGCGUGUGACACAGGUGGCCAAGCGCAAGAUGAUGUUGACGCAUCUGGUGGUGCGUCCCGGCAUGGGCGGCAAAGGCGCCAACUUUACCAAGCAGGAGCUGGAUGAUAUCUUGCGUUUCGGUACUGAGGAUCUCUUUAAGGAGGACGACAAAGAAGAGGCAAUUCACUACGAUGACAAGGCAGUCGCUGAGCUGCUCGAUCGUACCAAUCGCGGUAUUGAGGAGAAAGAAUCGUGGGCCAACGAAUACUUGUCCUCGUUCAAGGUGGCUUCCUAUGCCACCAAAGAGGAGGAGGAAGAGGAGGAGACCGAGAUUAUUAAGCAGGAUGCAGAGAACUCCGAUCCUGCCUAUUGGGUGAAGCUGUUGCGUCACCAUUACGAGCAGCAUCAGGAGGAUGUGGGCCGUUCCCUGGGCAAGGGCAAGCGUGUGCGCAAGCAAGUCAAUUACACAGAUGGCGGCGUUGUCGCCGCAGACACAACACGCGAUGAUUCCAACUGGCAGGACAAUGGCAGCGAAUACAAUUCCGAAUACUCGGGUGGCAGCGACGAAGAUGCCGGUGACGAUGAUUUCGAUGAGCAGAACGGCGAACGCAAAGCCAAGCGUCGUCUGGAGCGUCGCGAUGAUCGUCCCUUGCCUCCACUCCUCGCUCGUGUCGGUGGCAACAUUGAGGUGCUCGGAUUUAAUGCCCGACAGCGCAAGAGCUUCCUCAAUGCCAUCAUGCGUUACGGCAUGCCGCCUCAGGAUGCUUUCAAUUCGCAGUGGCUGGUGCGGGAUUUGCGCGGCAAGUCUGAGCGCAAUUUCAAGGCCUAUGUCUCGCUAUUCAUGCGCCAUCUGUGUGAGCCAGGUGCAGACAAUGCCGAAACCUUUGCGGAUGGUGUGCCCCGAGAGGGACUCUCGCGGCAACAUGUACUCACGCGUAUUGGCGUCAUGUCUCUGAUACGGAAGAAGGUGCAGGAGUUUGAGCACAUCAAUGGCUAUUACAGCAUGCCCGAGCUUAUUCUCAAACCUUGUGAACCGGUGCGGGCUGGAGGUGCCAAGCAGGAGCUGUCUGCAGCGGAUGCAGCAACACCAGCAGCUGGUAAGGCGCCUGCAGAGAGUGCAACGACCAGCAACAGCGCAACACCGGCAACAAGUGCUGCGCCAAGUCCGGCGCCUGCUUCGGAAAAGAGCGAGGAGAAGGCAGCACUGGAUAAGGCAACACCCGAGAAGCAAGAGCCUAAGACGGAGCCAGCAGAGGGCACUGAGGAGGACAAGAAAACUGCAGGUGAGACUGCUACUGCUGUCAAGCAAGAAAAGAGCGAAGAGUCGGGCGAUGCUGACGCCAAAUCGAGCGGAGGUGAGGCGAGCGUGAAGAACGAACCUACCAAACUGGAGCCCAAGGAAGAGGGUAAAGAGACGGCAGCAACUGCUGUGCCCAAGGAGGAGCCCAAGAGCGAGCAAAGCGACGAGAAGGACAAAGACAAGGAGAAGGAGAAGGCAACCAGCAGCGGCAGUGAAGAGAAACCAAGCACAACUGCAAGCAGCAGCACUACCACCACAACAACCACUCCUAGCAACACCACAAACAUCAUAGACGACGAUGAUGAUGACGUGAUGAUUGUCAAGGAGGACGGCGAACUGGAGAAGCCCAGCGCCAAUGCCAACUCGAAUGCCAACGCCAACUCACCCAAGGAUCAAAAGGCAGCUGCUGCCGGCGGUAAACUCGUCGAGGACAGUCUCGAAGUGUUAAAGCGCAAAUUCAUGUUCAACAUUGCCGAUGGCGGCUUCACGGAACUGCACACGCUCUGGCUGAACGAGGAGAAGGCCGCCGUACCUGGACGGGAGUACGAGAUCUGGCAUCGUCGCCACGAUUAUUGGCUGCUCGCGGGCAUUGUAACACAUGGCUAUGGACGUUGGCAAGAUAUCCAGAACGAUAUCCGCUUUGCCAUCAUCAACGAGCCGUUCAAAAUGGAUGUGGGCAAAGGCAAUUUCCUGGAGAUUAAAAACAAAUUCUUGGCGCGACGCUUUAAGCUGCUCGAACAGGCUCUGGUCAUUGAAGAGCAGUUGCGACGUGCCGCCUUCUUGAAUCUCGCCCAGGAUCCCAGCCAUCCGGCUAUGUCGUUGAAUGCACGCUUCGCCGAGGUCGAGUGCUUGGCUGAAUCGCAUCAGCAUCUGAGCAAGGAAUCGCUGGCGGGCAAUAAGCCUGCAAAUGCUGUACUGCACAAGGUGCUUAAUCAGCUGGAGGAGUUGCUGUCGGACAUGAAGAGCGAUGUCUCCCGCUUGCCAGCUACUUUGGCACGCAUUCCACCUGUUGCACAACGCCUGCAAAUGUCUGAGCGUUCCAUUUUGUCGCGCCUAGCAGCCACCGCUGGCAAUGCCUCGAAUGCAGCCCAAUUGAUGGCACAGUUUCCUGCUGGCUUCCAGGGCACCACGCUGCCAGCUUUUACUGGUGGACCCGCUGGCAAUUUCGCCAACUUUAGACCGCAGUUCUCGGUGCCCGGUCAACUGUCCAACAAUGCCGGCUCCUGAGCACCAGCUCCUCCAACCGCUGCAUAUCUAUCCUAAGCGCAUUCAAAUUCCAUGGAAAUUAAUUACUCUUCAGCUAAGAAUUUAAAUACGUAUAUUAAAUGCAUACCCAACAACACAACAACAUAUAUAUUUAUCAUAAAAAUAAUCAUUUGCAAUGAAAUUAUCAAAACAGUUCACAAAUUACAUAUUUGCCGCAUCCAAUUAAACACGAUACUUACAUAUAUGGACAAUUAUGAAUAUUGCUUAAUUACUUACUGUGUGAUUUCAUUUAACAUAUUUAUGAAUACAAAUACAAUAUAAAUUCCAAUUCCAUUGCAAAAGAA